AUGACUGAAAUCAAUCAUGUUACAAAUUUGGUGGUGGCUGGGUGUGUUGGGAAACGGUGUCUGGCAAAGCCAAGGUUUACAAUCUAUUUGCCCCUCUGUGAGGAUGAAGAUGUCUGGUGGUCACACAAAAGGAAACAAAGUUUGGUCUAGUGGUUAAGAGUUCUACGGGCAGAAAUGCUGCUAUCAGCUCAAACAUCUGUGUUUGUGGCAUCAGAUGACAAGCUGAGGUUCUGGCUUGAGUUGAAUUCUCUUGUGGAUUUCUUCACGAUCCCUCCAGUUUCUUUCCUGUUAUUGAAAGAGGAAUUGGCUUGGAAAAUACUAGUGUUGUAUAUGGAAAAAAACAAAGUUGUGGAAAUUGUUGAAAGCCAUAAAAAUUACGAAUCCUCCUAUGAAGUGGUGAGUGGGAAAAACUAGCUUGUUGUCUGUGGUAAUACUGCUCCAGAGAGCGUCACUUCAUUCCUCUGAGACUUUUUGCUUCGGGACAAGAGAAAUGCUUGCACAGAAAUCUCUUUUCUGGGAGAGUCUAUUCCUAGUCUGGAGCUGGAAGCUGUGUUCAAAUGCUGUUCAGCCUACAAUUUUCUUUAUGGCUCUGCACUAAACUGUGAAGAUCUGAAGAGAGUUGGGAUGGAAUCUGCGAAUGCUUGUCUCAUUCUAGCAAAUGUUCACUCUCCACAACCUUAUACUGAAGAUACUUCCAAUAUCAUAAGAGUGCUGGCCAUCAAGAAUCACUUGCCUGUCUCUAUGCUGAUCUGUAAUCACUUUUCUACUCUGAAACAGGUAUUCCUGCCGAACAUCCCCUACUGGGAAGGAGGCAGCAGCAUCUGUUUUGUUAAACCAAAGCUAGGCUUCGUAGCACAAAGCUGCCUUGUUCCUGGUUCGUCUACUCUCCUAACUAAUUUGUUCAUUCUGAAAGAGGAUACGGACACAGAGAGAAAAUAUUUGAAGGACAAAAUACUUCUGAAAGGCAAAGACUACAAGGUAAUGACUUUUCAGCUCUCCAAUGAUUUUGCAGACAUGACUUUUAUAGAGGUUUCUCAGUUGUGCUUUGUGAAACUGAAUCUUGUCCUCUUGGGAACUGAACUCAAAUUUGGCAGUCAAGGGGAGAGUGCUGUCCUGAUCAAUCCACCUGCACAGAUAAAGCUUCAUCGGAACAGUGGGCUUUUUAUUGCUCAUUCCCUGGCAGAAGUCAAAAGGGCACGGUUCUAUUGUAAAGCCUGUCACAGUGAUAUACAGGAUCCAGAGUAGAUUAAAAAAUAUGAAUGUAAAACCAGACUCUACUCAAAACUUUUAUCAGGAUUCUGGAUGUAUCAGAGCAAAACGGAGCUUAAUUAUAAGCACCUUGGUUCCUUCCUCCACUCUCCGUAUACUGUAGUUAAAGUGGUACAUGGUGUUCUGGAUUCCUCCAAACUCGUUGUGAGGGAGCAUGUCAGUUCCAGUGCCCUCAUCCUCAAGCUCCUCAGAGUCCAGUGCAGGAUGAUUUACGAGUCUCUCAGGAAAAUCAGAUUUCCGGGGUUUGACAGCCAAGGAGAGAACAGCAGAGUCAUCCUAAAUGCAACAGGAAUGUUCCACUGGUGUGAUGCUCCACUGCAGGAGGCUCUUCUGGACUUCAUUUACCAUGACUUGAAAGACAUUGUUUUUCUCGGGUCUUUGGAAUAUCUGCAAAGAGAAUGGAAAUUUUUUCAGAACUUCCCAAAGCUGUGGUUAUUCUCAGGCAGUGCGCUCUCUUGUGGAGGUCUGAGGGCAGUUAAUGUCCAGGAUUGUGCUGCGUGUGCCAUUCUGUCUUUCAACACCACUGCUUCAAGCAGUCCUUCCCUGGGGGGCACGGAAAGCAUCCUUACCACGCUGAACAUCUAUGCUGUUUUCAGAGCAAGAGCAUUGGGGAAUCAAUCACAGCCAUGUUAUAAAAGGAUCCCCAUCACUACAGAGCUGACAUUCUUACUGGUGGUGCUGGAGUGCCAGGACAUACCCAGCGUGUUCAGUAGCACAGCAGGGACCUUUGCCUGGGUGUGCUUAGCCAGUUCCCUGAAAACAGAAAAGAAAGUUAAGGGGGAAUUCUGCAUGACUAUCUCAGCCAGCAAGAAUAAGGUUGAGAAACUAGUGAAGAUUCCUUCUUCAAACGCCCAGUUUAUUAAUCUGGCUCCCAGCGGCAAUUCUGAGAUUCCAGACCAAGAUCACCUUUCCGCCACUGGUGACCCUGCAGGAGCUAUCUUCUCAGGCAGCUUCUUGGAUUCUCUUCUGUCUAUGCAGGAGGAUUCCUUUGGAGACAUUUACUGCAGAGCUUUAGACUUGUUUGGGAUACUCUGCUUUAGGCUCUACCGCCUGAUGGAAGAGCCCAAUCUGUACAAGAAUAGGUUUGUGGUUGCUCGGCCUGACAGUGAUUUGAAGAUGCUGCACGAUCUGCAGUUUUGUGUUGUUCCAUUCAACAUUGCCACAACUGAUGACGUGUGAUGUGGGAUGGAAGUCAGUUACCAAGCAAGAAAACAGGUUUGAAAGACUGCAGCUUGAGUCCAGAUACCACAUGCCGAGAAGAAAGGAACCCAAACAGCUGACGCAGAGUUCAGACUAAACUAACUGCAAGCUCCCCGGGGACAUCACAAGAUGCCUGUGUGUGAAUCGCACGAGCACCUCUGCGAAUCUCCAUCCCUCACUGGGGCCAGCACAACAGUUCCCUCCAUUCAGUCCCAGGAUACGUCAGAAGGAGAUAAAAAAAGAGAUGUGCAUCUAUCUGUGAUCCAAAAUUUAUGAAUAAGUUCAGUUUUUCCAGGGGAGUCUUGCGCUGAGCCCCAGGACAGGAUCUGUGCCCUCCCUCUGCUGUUCACAACCACCGAGCUCCGUGGUUUCCCAGCGCUGAGGCCCCGACCCACGCUCCUGGAGUCCUUCCCACCGGCCUCGGUGAGCCGUGCCAGGGCUUUGCACAGUCCUUGCAGAAAUCUCUCUCCGCCACUGAAUAAGUGCUCCUUCGACUGAGCCAAGCACACCGAUGCACAGAAUUAUGUUCCAUCCACACCUCUGACCUUCCAGCAUUUAGAAAAGACAUCUUCGCAGAUGAAUACAAGCCCGGAGGGAGGCCAGGAACGUGAAAGACAAAUGAACAAGCUCAUACUGCUCUGAAUAGCAACAAGGUGACUGCUUGCCAGCCUGUAAAGCGUGGUAUUGUCCCUCCUGGAGUUAGAGCUUGACCUUAAGAAAAUUCCUGCCAGUUUCUCUGAGGGAACGUGUCCCUGUGCUGCUGCAGAAGCCUGUUUGCCACAGGGAGACAGGCAGAACAACGGGCGCAGGAGGAAAUCUCUGAAUCACAAAGAUGUCACCCGAGGAGCGGCGUGCCACCAGCUUCUGCUCAGCGCUAUUUUUUCCCCACGCUGUACCAUUUUCACUGCACGAUGAAAAUAACAGGAAGCAGCAGGAGCGAGCCUGGCUGCCCCCGUGCCGGGCUGCGGGAUGGCAAACACACGGUGCCGUUCUCCCAGCUGGAGAAAGGCACAGAGAGGACUUCCAAAAACACCACCCGAGCGGGGACGGAGGGACGGAAGGACACAGAGACACAGCCCUGCCCCACCUUCCUGCUGCUUCGUGCAGCCUUCUUUGGAAAAAAAAGUGCAGAGAGAAGAGUCGCCAACCACCCCCUCCACUCUGAGGGACGCUGACAAGCAAACGGAAGGAGGGAUGAGUUGGAUGAGGUUGGAAAGCGUAUCAGAAGACUGGCCAAAACCAGCCAAAGCCCCCAAACCGCUCGUGGUUUCACCCUGGUUAAUACGGGAUGAUGCCUUUGCUCCCGCAGCCACAGCCAGCUUAGCCGAGGGAGCGCAGAGAUAAGAGCAGGGCUUGAGAAUCAGCUCCGAAGAGCCAUAAAAAUCACAAGCACAGAAGAGAGAAAAUCUCCAUUAAAGUCAGGGCAUAAUUAUAACUCAGUCGUUGGCUGGGGGCUUUGCAGCCCGAGCUGCCAGGGAUCGGCCCGGCCUCCCCUGGGAGCUCCCUGGAUCUGCUGGAGCUUUGAAGCAAGAGCGAAGGUGCCUGAGCCCCUGCCUGCUGGACACAGAAGCGGAGAUAAUCCCCUGUCUGGGGGUGACGAGACAAGUUUCGGCCCAGCAAGGGGUUUCUCGGGAGCCUGCCGGGGUACGGAGUGCAGACCAGGCAGUCAUCGACCCAGCAUCCUUCGGUCCAGCUCCGCUCACUCAGGACAAGGGGAUGCUCCUUAAACUCCCUGGGAAGACCCCGAUAUCAGGGGCUCCUUGGCGAGGACCUGGCGGGUGCGGGAGCGCGCAGGACCCCCGGCAGCCGGCGGAGCCUCUGGGCGGAGCGGGGACCCCCGGGGUCCCCCGGCGGGAGCGGGCAGCGCCGGGGACAGCGCGGGAGGAAGGCUGAGACACACGAGGGAGGGAGCGACCCUCCCUGCUCCCGCACGCCGUCGGGAGCCCCGGCACAAGAUCCCGGCGCCUUCGGCCCCCCGCGCUCGCCGGCACCUCGCUGUGGUUACGACAACAUGGGGACGAUGCUCCUGCCAGGCUGCUGCGCCCGCCGAGGCCACGUCCCCUGCGAGGCCGCGGGACUCGGUGCCAUCCCGACGGAUCCGGCCACCAAACCCGCCGUGUUUCUCCUCCUGCAUGGGCUGAGCCCCGCGCGACGCCCCAGCCCCAGCCCUCCUUUCUGUGCUGGUGUUUCCCUCUGUUCUCUCCGGGGCCGGUGACCCGCCGUGGGGAGAGCCGGGGACACCAGAGGGACGCGCUGCCCCCACCAGCCUCAUCUCCCGUCUGCAAACCCGAAACUUCGGAAGGGCUCCGCUCAACUUUCUCCCCGGUUUGUGGCUCUUUUCCCUGGGGGGGUGCGAACACCCGCAGCCGAGGGAGCGGGUUUGGGAGCCGGGCACGGGCUUCCCAGGGGGGGCUCCAUCCCUGCAGGGUCGGUGUGGAGGCGGCAGCCGGGCUGCAGGGAAGGAGCCCCCAAACUCUUUCCCAUUCCCCCACCUCGGAUCCAGGGACUCAACCCCCCUGGUUGAAACGUUUUGCUGGUGCAGAGUUACGGGGGGGCUGGGGGUCUGAAGAGGUUGGAAAAGCAUCCAGGCGCGCCAAGGGAAGGAGAUGCGGUCUCGUACCCAGCUGAAUUUCCUUUUUUAUUGCGUCUUCUGUUUGAGACACACAGACGUGAGCAGCCAGUUCAUUCUGCCUGGUGGAAAGAGAUGGAUUUGAAAGUCGCACGUUGCAUGAAACUCCUGUAGCUGCGUCUGCAGCGCUGAGAGCGUCUUCAGGUGUAUCUAAUGACUGAGUGAAACCUCUGAGCUGAUGAUUUAUGACAGCUGGUUUGGUUAUAACUUGCCCAUCUCCUUUCAUUACAAAGGAGACGGGAGUGUUAGCUCUUUCCGCUCGAAUCCCAUCUGCCGAGAGACUCCCUGCUUUCUCCCCAGCCUGCCGUAUCGCCGCCUCACCCAGCGAGGCUGCGCGGGCUCUGCGCGGAGAGGAGGGAUGAGCCGCCAGCAGCCUCCCGUGCCCGCUGCGGGCUCCCACCUCGCUCCUGCCGCCCCGGCCUCUGCACGGGAGACACACAAAAGCCCCG